AAUAGCAAAAUCUGGCGGUAACGGGUAAACAAAUAAAGAAGCACGCCAGGCCUCGAGAAGCAGGUGGAUUGUAACUUGCGAGGUGGCACGUUAGUGAGGGAGGCGCCAUGGAGGUCGGCUUCUUCGGCAUCCUGGAGAACGUGUAUGAACAGGUGAACGAGAGCACCACCAGUGUGCUGGAGAGCGUCGAGGAUGCAAACCUGAAGGCAAAGUACCUGAAGGAAUUGGAGGAAAUACUGGUGAGCUGUGUCACCACCCAGCACAAGGUGGCCAUCACACGGCAGGCUGUGAAGGAGACCAUCGCUCGGGCCCAGGACGAGGAGACCCAGGAGCCUGAUGCAAACAUUUAUGAUGAUUUACUUGAAGAAAGCAUAGGGGAGCUGGAGGUGGACUCUCCCCUCGAGGGAGCAAUAGCACAAGCUGCAAGUCUCAAGACCUUCAAGGAUCUACUUGAGCAAAAUAAUGUGUCAGCAAACUCAGAUGGGGACUUGGUUGCCACAGAGUGCAGUAACAACUUCCUUGACCCCAUCAGCAAGAAGAGGAUGACAGAUCCAGUGAGAAAUAAGAUUUGUGAUCAUGUAUACGACAGAGGCUCCAUCACCAGCAUGAUUUCUAAGUCUAAAAACAAAUUCAAAUGUCCUGCCAUUGGGUGUGCUAAUCGUAAACCCAUAAAGGUGUCUGACCUGAAGGAGGCACCUGAUGUGAAGAGGCAGUUAACUCUCCAAAAAAGAAGACAGUGACAGAAUGUGGCAGCUGAACCUCAUCUCAGCGUGCGUGACUUGUACGUCACAUGGACUCACCACUGCUGGGACUACCGUAGUGUUAGCAUCCCCAAGCAUAGCAAGAGAAAGGGGGCUGCAUUCCAAAACAUGCUAUUACAUCUCUUAUGUUUAGCAGGCUCUAGUGGAAGUUAUCAGGGUUUUCAGGGCUGUAUUCCUAAGCUUUUUGUAACGUCUUUUAUGUUUAGCAGACUCUAGUGGAAGCUAUCGGGGUUUUCAGGGCUGUAUUCCUAAGCUUUUCGUAACGUCUUUUAUGUUUAGCAGACUCUAGUGGAAGCUAUUGGGGUUUUCAGGGGUGUUUUCCUUAGCAUUCAUCAUCUUUUUCUCAUACAUUUAAUUGACUUUGGUCUUAAGUUAUUGUAGUUUUCAGGGCUGUAUUCCUAAGCAUUUCUUAAUUUUUUUUUUCAUACAUUUAACAUCCUGUUGAAGUUAUUGGGGUUUUCAGAGCUGUGUUCCUUAAUAUUGCAUCUUUUUUUUCAUUAAUGUAAUUGGCUCUAGUGGAAGUUAUUGGGGAUUCCCAAAGAUGCUUUUGUGUUUUUAUUGGUAGUGUAAUCUUUGACUGCUAUGGUCAUCCUGUGCUGAUAUUCAGAGAAAUAUAAAAACAAAAUCUACAUGGACCUACAAAAUUAAAAGGGAGAAUAGAAGGUUAUGUUUUUACUAGGCAACAAAAUUAUUUGAGAUUAGUACAGAAAUGCAUGUAAAAAGUUGCUGGUAAUUAUGGGGAAAAUAAUAAUAUCUAGUAGUGAAUGAAUUAACAAGAAUUUUGAAUCAUUGGUAGAAGCACUCAUGAAAUUCCAAUAAUUUCUCUAGGUUUUGAAAAUAUUCAUUACAAGAGAAAAUGAGACU